AUGGUCUUCUUGAUGGAGCCUGGUAUCAUGUGCAUGGCCUCGAGGCUAAGCAAAUCCAUUAAUGGCUUUGAGGAGUGCCAGAGGCAUGUGGAUAAGAUCGCUCGAGUUGCCAAGCGUGAGCAGCUGAAGGCACCCAUGGAGGUGAUCAAGAAGAACAUGACCAUUGAGGAGACUAUGAAGGAGAACAACCACUACAAGGAUAGUCGCAGUCUAUUGGUAGCGUUCUACAACGUUAUGGACAGCAAUGGCGAUAUCAAGAUCACACAAGAGAUGAAAGGUUGGAAGGUUGCUGCAGACAGUUGGGCACAGAGGAUCACUGAUGCUGUGGCCGAGGGACCGUCAUCCACAGAGUUGAACGAAAGACUGAAGACGAUCACAGCUCAGAUGAAGAGAGUGUCGCCUCGCUCAUGUCAUUCCUAA